UAUACAUAUACUGAAUAUAUAUUUCAGGCUUAAGUGUGUACAUAUAUAAUAUGCUGAUUAUUUCCUAAAUGCCUGAUUAUGUGUGUGUUUGUUUAGAGUUUGAUUAGUUUGAUAUCAGGACCCAUUAAAAAGUUCAUAUAUUACAAUUAGUUGAUAUAUCUCUUAAGGUUUCUUUUGUUUGUUUGUUUGUUUUUUGUGAAAACAGGGUCUUGCUAUGUUGCCCAAGCUGGUCUCGAGCACCUGGCCUCAAGUAAUCUUCCCACCUCAGCCUCCCAAAGUGCUGGAAUUAUAGGCAAGAGCCACUGUGCCUGGCCUUCUUUUAAACUUUAGGUUCCCCUUCCAUCUCUUUUUCCCCCCAUUAAAAUUUUAAGAAACCAGGUCAUUUGUUCUGACUUUCAUAUCUCGCUUUUGCUGAUCACGUCUCUAAGAUAUUGUUUACAUAUCCCCUUGUCUCUAACCUGUAACUUGAUACUUUGAUUAUAGACUUGGUUGUAUCCGGGGUGCUGGAGUCUUUUUGAUAAGACUACUUCGUGUGUGUUGUCUUGAGAGGCUCCCGAUGUCCAGGGUUUCUCUUUUUGUGAUGUCAGCAGUCAUUGGUGAUCAUGGCUUAGAUUCCCUGGUUCUUUAGAGUCUGAAAAAUUGUGAUAUUUUAGAACCGCAAUUCCCCUUUUAUUUACCAAUUGGAAUGCAUCUAUAAAGUAAAUGAUUUCCCCAUCUGUGAGGUAUAACUCAUAGGGAAUGCAGGGGAUGUGCUUGCUUCUUCCCCUUUAUCAGUUUUCAAGAUGACUGCAGUAGUUCUCUAGCAUCCUCUCAAGGUGACGUAACUUUCUCUUCUUGAACUCAUGACUUUAAACAUUUGAUAUGUUGUAAUACAUUACCAUUGUUGUUCCUAUUGAUGCUUGAUUAUCCCAUUUGGGGCCAAAUGUGCUAAAUUUAUGGCUUUUACUCACAGGGAAACUGUUGGAGGAUUUUUGAACAGAAGAGCAACAUAUUCUGAAAGAGAUCACUCUGGAGUUUGUGUGUGGCCACCAAAGUGAGGGUGCCAGGGAGGAAGUAGACCAGUUAGGAGGAAUAAUCUAGCCAAGGUACAAUGUAUUUUGGGUCAAUGUAUUUUGACAUUAGGUGGAAAUAAUGGUGGCAUUCUGGAUCUUUUACAUUGGAAGGAGGCUUAUUUUGGGGUUUUGGAGGGCAGGAUGGUGAGUUUUCUUUUGGGUAUGUUAAAUUAGGGGUAGUAGAAGGAAACUGAAGUGAAAAUGUAUUGUAGUCAAUUGGCUAUAUGGAACUGAAGUUUACUUCAGAAGAUCUGUGUGUAGAAGGCUAUGGAAUAAUAUUCUAAUGUGUUUCCUGAGAUGAAUGUCUACCUUAAAAGUUAAAGAAUUUGGGGAUGUUGCUUUAUUUUUUGGUAUAGGGUGGUAACUGAUUUUUUUCUUUUCUUUGUUUAUCAUAAUCUGGCUGUGACACCCAUGCUUUCGAACUUUCCCCAAACAACUUUCCUAAGGAACGUUGAGUCCUCUUUUUUGUGUUCUAUUAUAUCUUGUUUGUUUGUUUGAGAUGGAGUCUUGCUCUGUUGCUCAGGCUGGUCUCAAAACUGCUGGACUCAAGCAGUCUUCCCACCUCAACCUUCUGAGUAGCUGGGAUCCAUUAUGUCUUUAGUAUUUCCUUUUGUGAUCCUUUUUUUUCCUACUAAAUUACAAUUACUUUUUACAUCUCUAUCUGCCUGUCUAUGGAGUUGGUGACUAUAUUUCAGGUAUGGAUUUGUUACCUCCAAAGGGUAGGAGGAUUGGUUGGUUCUGUGAGCUCACACUGAGAGAUAAGUUGGUACCUAGUUAACAUUAACAAAUGCCCCAGAGCAAGUUGAUAGCUAAGGAUGUAGAAAAGAGUUCUGAGAGUAUCUUAUAAACCUCCACUGGCCCAUAUGCACCUUUGUGGAGUUAGAAACAGGUAGCCCUCCAGAAGGGCACAGAGCUGAGGGAGACUUGGUGAAAAUGAGAAAGAUAGGGUGGAAGCAGCCCAGAGCCAGGUGCAGGCAUAAAAUCAUGGAAAGCAGACUAGAUGUUGGUUCCACCUCCCUCCUUGCCCAGGGCACAACCCGAACAGCUGUCUAUGGCAUCCCUGCUUAGACAGGCCUCUGGGAUAAGAGUAAAUUUACAGACCAGGAUCUAAUCCUAGUAUAGCCGCCAACUGUGUGCCCUCAGUUUCUUCAUCUGUAAAAAGACGGAGUUUGAAUUCAUAGCCUUUGAAAUAUAACUGCUUGAAUAUACUUGCUAUUUCUCCACAGUUUGGCGCGCUCUCUCUCUCUCUUUGAGUGUGUGUGUAUGGGUGUGUGUGUGUGAGAGAGAGAGAGAGAAAGAGAUGCCUUGUAGUACUUGAAAAUUAGAGUUCUUGACAAAAUAAAGCUCUAAUUUGCUCUAGUGUUUCUUCUCAACAAACCAGAGGUUGCCAAGUUUUAAAACAUUUUAAAAUGCAUUAGAGGAAGUGAGUCAGUUACGUUCUUCAUACACUACAAUGGAAGUACACUUAGUUCCAAGUUAUGAAUGCUGUCAAAAAUUAGGUUCUUUGAAUAAAUACAAGAUGAAACUUUCAGGCUUUCAAAAUUCGUGUUCUCUCUUUCCCUCCUUAUUCAUAUUAGAUUGCUUUUGUAAAGUAUACAGCACUGCGAUCUUAAAAAUGAGCUUUUCGAAAAUAAAAAUCCAAGUGCCAAGAAAAAUCUCUUGCAUUUCCAGUUGGUAGUUUCCUAUCAUCGAGUUUGCCUGUUCACACAAGUCUUUGCCGCACAACAGAGUCAGACUUCCCCCAAAUUAAUGCAGUUAGUUUAUUCCUCGUUCUGAUGAUUGCCAUAUAUAGAGAAAGAUCUAAUUAUUUUUAUGUGGCACUAUUCCUCAUUUCUUUCUCAGGGACUAUGAGUGAUUUAGUUAACUCCACCAAGGGAAGUGUAAGACGAGCCUCCUCAGGGUGGCUGAAUUCUAUUCGAGAGCAUCACAGGGAGGUGGGGAAUAGUUGACGUGUGCUGAGAUAAACUCUUUUAUAAGUGUGACACUGUUGCUUUAUUUUUUUUUGCCCCAGUCUGCAGGGUGAAAAGGACUUUUCAUUUCACUGAGGUGAAAAGUGGGUCUGUGAGUAAAGCGACUUUCUUAAAAAAAAAAAAAAAAAAUCAGAAACCAAUUACUUGAUAUGCAGAGCUGCAAGCCUCGUUCCUUUAACAAAAUCAGUGCAGUGUGCACUGCCGUUAACCUGAGGAAAGCAGCUGGCAUCUCUUGAUUACGGCUAGAGGUGGAAGGACCCAAACUUGCAGCUUCCCCCUCCCCCUCGAGAGAGUGUUAGUCCAGUCCUUUAGAGAGGUUCGGUUUGGCUCUCUGUCAUCACCGGGACGCUGGCAGGGAGUGUGUGUCAUGGUUACAAUAGAGUGUGCUAACAUAUCACAACCAUGAAAGCCCAGCGGGAAAGGCUACAGAUUCCGGGGCUGACCUUGGAUUGCCGAACAAGCAACCGGAAAAGCUUAAUAGGCAAUGGGCAGUCACCAGCAUUGCCUCGACCACACUCACCUCUCUCUGCUCAUGCAGGAAAUAGCCCUCAAGAUAGUCCAAGAAAUUUCUCCCCCAGUGCCUCAGCCCAUUUUUCAUUUGCACGGAGAAAUGACAGGACUGAUGGACGCCGCUGGUCGUUGGCUUCUCUCCCUUCCUCUGGCUAUGGGACAAACACACCCAGCUCUACAGUCUCUUCAUCCUGUUCCUCCCAGGAGAAGUUGCAUCAGUUACCAUACCAACCAACACCGGACGAGUUACACUUCUUGUCGAAACAUUUCUGUACCACCGAAAGCAUCGCCACUGAGAACAGAUGCAGGAACACGCCGAUGCGCCCCCGUUCCCGAAGUCUGAGCCCUGGACGUUCUCCCGCCUGCUGUGACCAUGAAAUAAUUAUGAUGAACCAUGUCUACAAAGAAAGGUUCCCAAAGGCUACAGCUCAGAUGGAAGAACGUCUAAAGGAAAUUAUCACCAGCUACUCUCCUGACAACGUUCUACCCCUAGCAGAUGGAGUGCUUAGUUUCACUCACCACCAGAUUAUUGAACUGGCUCGAGAUUGCUUGGAUAAAUCCCACCAGGGCCUCAUCACCUCACGAUACUUCCUUGAAUUACAGCACAAAUUAGAUAAGUUGCUACAGGAGGCUCAUGAUCGUUCAGAAAGUGGAGAACUGGCAUUUAUUAAACAACUAGUUCGAAAGAUUCUAAUUGUUAUUGCCCGCCCUGCUCGGUUAUUAGAGUGCCUGGAAUUUGAUCCGGAAGAAUUUUACUACCUGUUGGAAGCAGCAGAAGGCCAUGCCAAAGAAGGACAGGGUAUUAAAACUGACAUUCCCAGGUACAUCAUUAGCCAACUAGGACUCAAUAAGGAUCCCUUGGAAGAAAUGGCUCAAUUGGGAAACUACGACAGUGGGACAGCAGAAACUCCAGAAACAGAUGAAUCAGUGAGUAGCUCUAAUGCCUCCCUGAAACUUCGAAGAAAACCUCGGGAAAGUGAUUUUGAAACGAUUAAAUUGAUUAGCAACGGAGCCUAUGGGGCAGUCUACUUUGUUCGGCAUAAAGAAUCCCGGCAGAGGUUUGCCAUGAAGAAGAUUAAUAAACAGAACCUCAUCCUUCGAAACCAGAUCCAGCAGGCCUUUGUGGAGCGGGAUAUCCUGACUUUUGCAGAAAACCCCUUUGUUGUCAGCAUGUAUUGCUCCUUUGAAACAAGGCGCCACUUGUGCAUGGUCAUGGAAUAUGUGGAAGGGGGAGACUGUGCUACUUUAAUGAAAAACAUGGGUCCUCUCCCUGUUGAUAUGGCCAGAAUGUACUUUGCCGAGACGGUCUUGGCCUUGGAAUAUUUACAUAAUUACGGAAUUGUACACAGGGAUUUGAAACCAGACAACUUGUUGGUUACCUCCAUGGGGCACAUAAAGCUGACAGAUUUUGGAUUAUCUAAGGUGGGACUAAUGAGCAUGACUACCAACCUUUAUGAGGGUCAUAUUGAGAAGGAUGCUCGAGAGUUCCUGGAUAAACAGGUCUGCGGCACACCUGAAUACAUUGCACCAGAAGUGAUUCUGAGGCAGGGUUAUGGAAAGCCGGUGGAUUGGUGGGCCAUGGGGAUUAUCCUCUAUGAAUUUCUGGUUGGAUGCGUGCCCUUCUUUGGGGAUACUCCAGAAGAGCUAUUUGGACAAGUCAUCAGUGAUGAGAUCAACUGGCCUGAGAAGGAUGAGGCACCCCCACCUGAUGCCCAGGAUCUGAUUACCUUACUCCUCAGGCAGAAUCCCCUGGAGAGGCUGGGAACAGGUGGUGCAUAUGAAGUCAAACAGCAUCGAUUCUUCCGUUCUUUAGACUGGAACAGUUUACUGAGACAGAAGGCAGAAUUUAUUCCCCAACUGGAAUCUGAGGAUGACACAAGUUAUUUUGAUACUCGGUCUGAGAAGUAUCAUCAUAUGGAAACGGAGGAAGAAGACGACACAAAUGAUGAAGAUUUUAAUGUGGAAAUAAGGCAGUUUUCUUCAUGUUCACAUAGGUUUUCAAAAGUUUUCAGCAGCAUAGAUCGAAUCACUCAGAAUUCAGCAGAAGAGAAGGAAGACUCUGGGGACAAAGCCAAAAGCACAACCUUGCCAUCCACAGAAACACUGAGCUGGAGUUCAGAAUAUUCUGAAAUGCAACAGCUAUCAACAUCCAACUCUUCAGAUACUGAAAGCAACAGACAUAAACUCAGUUCUGGCCUACUUCCCAAACUGGCUAUUUCAACAGAGGGAGAACAAGAUGAAGCUGCCUCCCGCCCUGGAGACCCCCAUGAGGAGCCAGGAAAGCCAGCCCUUCCCCCUGAAGAGAGUGCCCAGGAGGAGCCCGAGGUCACCACUCCAGCCAGCACCAUCAGCAGCUCCACCCUGUCAGUUGGCAGUUUUUCAGAGCACUUGGAUCAGAUAAAUGGACGAAGCGAGUGUGUGGACAGUACAGAUAAUUCCUCAAAGCCAUCCAGUGAACCCGCUUCUCACAUGGCUCGGCAGCGAUUAGAAAGCACAGAAAAAAAGAAAAUCUCUGGGAAAGUCACAAAGUCCCUCUCUGCCAGUGCUCUGUCCCUCAUGAUCCCAGGAGAUAUGUUUGCUGUUUCCCCUCUGGGAAGUCCAAUGUCUCCCCAUUCCCUGUCCUCGGACCCUUCCUCUUCACGAGAUUCCUCUCCCAGCCGAGAUUCCUCAGCAGCUUCUGCCAGUCCACAUCAGCCGAUUGUGAUCCACAGUUCAGGGAAGAACUACGGCUUUACCAUCCGAGCCAUCCGGGUGUAUGUGGGAGACAGUGACAUCUAUACAGUGCACCAUAUCGUCUGGAACGUAGAAGAAGGAAGUCCAGCGUGCCAGGCAGGACUGAAGGCUGGAGACCUUAUCACACACAUCAAUGGAGAACCGGUGCAUGGACUCGUCCACACAGAAGUUAUAGAGCUCCUACUGAAGAGUGGGAAUAAGGUGUCAAUCACUACUACCCCAUUUGAAAACACAUCCAUCAAAACUGGACCAGCCAGGAGAAACAGCUAUAAGAGCCGGAUGGUGAGGCGGAGCAAGAAAUCCAAGAAGAAAGAAAGUCUCGAAAGGAGGAGAUCUCUUUUCAAAAAGCUAGCCAAGCAGCCUUCUCCUUUACUCCACACCAGCCGAAGUUUCUCCUGCUUGAACAGAUCCCUGUCGUCGGGCGAGAGCCUCCCAGGUUCCCCCACUCAUAGCUUGUCUCCCCGGUCUCCAACACCAAGCUACCGCUCCACCCCUGACUUCCCAUCUGGUACUAAUUCCUCCCAGAGCAGCUCCCCUAGUUCUAGUGCCCCUAAUUCUCCGGCAGGGUCCGGGCACAUCCGGCCCAGCACUCUCCACGGUCUGGCACCCAAACUGGGCGGGCAGCGGUACCGGUCCGGAAGGCGAAAGUCGGCCGGCAACAUCCCACUGUCCCCGCUGGCCCGGACGCCCUCUCCAACCCCGCAACCCACCUCCCCGCAGCGGUCACCAUCCCCUCUUCUGGGACACUCACUGGGCAAUUCCAAGAUUGCGCAAGCCUUUCCCAGCAAGAUGCACUCCCCGCCCACCAUCGUCAGACACAUCGUGAGGCCCAAGAGUGCGGAGCCGCCCAGGUCCCCGCUGCUCAAGCGCGUGCAGUCCGAGGAGAAGCUGUCGCCCUCUUACGGCAGUGACAAGAAGCACCUGUGCUCCCGCAAGCACAGCCUGGAGGUGACCCAAGAGGAGGUACAGCGGGAGCAGUCCCAGCGGGAGGCGCAGCUGCAGAGCCUGGAUGAGAACGUGUGCGACGCGCCACCACUGAGCCGCGCCCGGCCCGUGGAGCAAGGCUGCCUGAAACGCCCGGUCUCCCGGAAGCUGGGCCGCCAGGAGUCUGUGGAUGACCUGGACCGCGACAAGCUGAAGGCCAAGGUGGUGGUGAAGAAGCCAGAUGGCUUCCCAGAGAAACAGGAAUCCCACCAGAAAUCCCAUGGACCCGGGAGUGAUUUGGAAAACCUUGCUCUGUUUAAGCUGGAAGAGAGAGAGAAGAAAAUCUAUCCGAAGGCUGUGGAAAGGUCAAGUCUCUUUGAAAACAAAGCGGCUAUGCAGGAGGCGCCACCGCUGGGCAGUCUGCUGAAGGACGCUCUUCACAAGCAGGCCAGCGUGCGUGCCAGCGAGGGUGCGACCUCGGAUGGCCCGGUGCCUGUGGAGCACGGCCAGGGUGGCGGGGACUUCAGACGGGCCCCUGCUCCUGGCACCCUCCAGGAUGGUCUUUGCCACUCCCUCGACAGGGGCAUCUCCGGGAAGGGGGAAGGCACGGAGAAGGCCCCCCAGGCCAAGGAGCUUCUCCGAUGUGAAAAGUUAGACAGCAAGCUGGCCAACAUCGAUUACCUCCGAAAGAAAAUGUCACUUGAGGACAAAGAGGACAACCUCUGCCCUGUGCUGAAGCCCAAGAUGACAGCUAGCACCCACGAAUGCCUGCCGGGGAACCCCGUCCGACCCAUGGGUGGGCAGCAGGAGCCCCCACCAGCUUCUGAGAGCCGAGCUUUUGUUGGCAGCACCCAUGCAGCUCAGAUGAGCGCCGUCUCUUUCGUUCCCCUCAAGGCCUUAACAGGCCGGGUGGACAGUGGAACGGAGAAGCCUGGCUUGGUUGCUCCUGAGUCCCCUGUUAGGAAGAGCCCCUCCGAGUAUAAGCUGGAAGGUAGGUCUGUCUCAUGCCUGAAGCCGAUUGAGGGCACUCUGGACAUUGCUCUCCUGUCGGGACCUCAGGCCUCCAAGACAGAACUGCUUUCCCCGGAGUCUGCACAGAGCCCUAGCCCAAGUGGUGAUGUGAGGCCCUCUGUGCCACCAGCUCUCCCCAACAGCAGUGGGAAAAGGAGUGAUACCACCAGUGCGAGAGAGCUUUCUCCUUCCAGCCUAAAGAUGAAUAAAUCCUACCUGCUCGAGCCUCGGUUCCUGCCCCCCAGCCGGGGUCUCCAGAAUUCACCAGCAGUUUCCCUGCCUGACCCAGAGUUAAAGAGGGACAGGAAAGGUCCCCAUCCUACUGCCAGGAGCCCCGCAACAGUCAUGGAAAGCAAUCCCCAACAGAGAGAGAGCAGCUCCCCCAGAUGCCAAGACCACACCACCGACCCCAAGCUUCUGACCUGCCUGGGGCAGAACCUCCACAGCGUUGACUUGGCCAGGCCACGCUGCCCGCUCCCACCUGAAGCUUCCCCCUCAAGGGAGAAGCCAGGCCUUAGGGAAUCGUCUGAAAGAGGCCCUUCCACAGUCAGAAGCGAGCGCUCUGCUGCGAGGACUGACAUACGCAGAGAGCCCUCCAUGGAACUGUGCUCUUCAGAAACUGUGAAAACCAGUGACAACUCCAAAAACAACCUCUCUCUGGGCAGGACCCACCCAGAUUUCUAUACACAGACCCAGGCCAUGGAGAAAGCAUGGGCGCCGGAUGGGAAAACGAACCACAAAGAUGGCCCAGAUGAAGCGAGGCCCCCGCUCAGAGAUGACAACUCUGUGCACUCAGCUGGAAUUUCCUGUGAGAAGGAGCUAGGCAAGGUGAGGCGUGGCGUGGAACCCAAGCCCGAAGCCCUUCCUGCCAGGCGGUCUCUGCAGCCACCUGGCAUUGAGAGUGAGAAGAGUGAAAAGCUCUCCAGUUUCCCAUCUUUGCAGAAAGAUGGUGCCAAGGAACCUGAAAGGAAGGAGCAGCCUCUACAAAGGCAUCCCAGCAGUAUCCCUCCGCCCCCUCUGACCUCCAAAGACCUGCCCAGCCCGGCUGCCAGGCAGCAUUGCAGUUCCCCAAGCCACGCUUCUGGCAGAGAGCCGGGGGCCAAGCCCAGCACUGCAGAGCCCAGCCCGAGCCCCCAGGACCCUCCCAAGCCUGUUGCUGCGCCCAGUGAAAAUAGCAGCCACAAGCCCCGGCCUGGCCCUGACCCGGGCCCUCCAAAGUCUAAGAUCCCCGACCGGUCCCUCUCCUCUCAGAAGCCAAGUGUUGGGGCCACAAAGGGCAAAGAGCCUGCCACUCAGUCCCUCGGCGGCGGUAGCAGAGAAGGGAAGGCCCACAGUAAGAGUGGGCUGGAUGUGUUUCCUGUCACCCCAGGCUCCCAGAACAAAGCCAGCGAUGGAAUUGGCCAGGGACAAAGUGGGCCCUCUGUCCCGCUGCGCACUGACAGGGGUCCUCUAGACACCAAGCCACAGUCCACCAGUGGUGGGCGGCCCCUCGAGGUGCUGGAGAAGCCCGUGCAUUUGCCAAGGUCGGGACACCCAGGGCCUAGUGAGACAGGGGACCAGAAACUGUCCACUGUCGGUGAAAAGCAAACCCUGUCCCCAAAGCACCCCAAACCAUCCACUGUGAAAGACUGCCCCACCCUGUGCAAACAGACAGACAACAGACAGACAGACAAAAGCCUGAGUCAGCCGGCCGCCACCACCACCGACAGAAGGGCGGAAGGGAAGAAAUGCACCGAAGCACUUUAUGCUCCCGCAGAGGGCGACAAGGUCAAGGCCGACAUUUCCUUUGCGCAAAGCGAGGCCCGGUUGAAAGGCGCGGAGCGGCCAGCCGCGGGGUUGGGGAAGGGUUUCCCUGAGGCCAGAGGGAAAGGGCCCGGUCCCCAGAAGCCACCGACGGAGGCAGACAAGCCCAGCGGCAUGAAACGCUCCCCCUCAGCCACCGGGCAGAGUUCUUUCCGAUCCACGGCCCUCCCUGAAAAGUCUCUGAGCUGCUCCUCCAGCUUCCCUGAAACCAGGACCGGAGUUAGAGAGGCCUCUACAGCCAGCAGCGACACCUCUUCUGCCAAGGCUGCCGGGGGCGCGCUGGAGCCUCCAGCCCCCAGCAACAGGGACCAUAGGAAGGCUCAGCCUGCGGGGGAGGGCCGAACCCACAUGACAAAGAGUGACUCCCUGCCCUCCUUCCGGGUCUCCACCCUGGCUCUAGAGUCACACCACCCCGACCCAAACACCGUGGGCGGAGCCAGCCACCGGGACAGGGCGCUCUCGGUGACUGCCACCGUAGGGGAAACCAAAGGGAAGGACCCUGCCCCAGCCCAGCCUCCCCCAACUAGGAAACAGAACGUGGGCAGAGACGUGACCAAGCCAUCCCCAGCCCCAAACACUGACCGCCCCAUCUCCCUUUCUAAUGAGAAGGACUUUGUGGUACGGCAGAGGCGGGGGAAAGAGAGUUUGCGUAGCAGCCCUCACAAAAAGGCCUUGUAACGGGGCAGGCCCCGGGGCAGGACUGUGGAGACCCGUCCUGAACGGGCGACUGUCUUGACUACCUUUCAAAACCAGCACUGUGUGGGAAUGUCCGCCAGGCAGAGCUCGGAGCCUCAUUGAGAAAGGGGAGAGAGAAAGACAAAGAGAGGACCUUCUUCCAGAUGCCUUCCCAGUUGUAACCGGUAAAACUGUUACCAGAUAGUGUUUGUACAAAAGCAACAACAAAAAAAAUUACCUUUACAGUUGAGGGUUGUUGAGGAAAAAGAUUUUCUCUGUAAAUAUAUACACCGUGUUUGGUUUGGGAUGUAGAGUCUAUACCUGGCUGCUGAUUACGUCGUUUACUACAGCAUUUUUUAAAUAAGAUUUUUGAUUUACCAUUUAUCAUAAUGUAGUAAUGAAGCAAAGUGGUCAAAACUGGGUGUGUGUGACCAGAGAUACACCCAUAUUCGUGUAUAUACACAUCCACCUACAUGUUUUGGUCUGUGGUUUAAGAGACUAUUUCAAGGUUCCAUUUUUGUAAGCUAAAACAUUCUAAGUAAAGAUGGAAGAAAGCCCUAAACACAGUAGAUUGUGAGUUUUUACGUGUAUUUUAACCGGAGUUUCUGAUAGUACUGUAUCUGGCUACCUAUAUUUCCAGAUCUAAAGCAAGAACUACUCUAAGUACUGCAUUUGGAAUCCUCCUCCAUUAGGAAUGGCCAGGACAAGUGGAGCUAGCCAUUUUCAUUACAUGGCCAUCCCAAUGGACACUGGAUCCCUGGUCCAACUGUCUUAACAGGCCGGUUGUGCCUGUCUGUGGAUGUGGAUGUCUGGCCUUCACCUGAGGUAGAGCGGGGACUAUAAACACACAUCAACUUUCUUUCUAUUUGCUUUCUUUUCCUUCUUUUCAAACUCUUAAACUUAGGCCUUUAUGCUGUAAGUGACUAGUCCAAGAAGCACACAUUUAGUAGUAGUCCUGCACCAGCUCUGCUCUUGAAUAAAAAGGAAUAUUACUGGCUGCACCCAAAUCUUCUAGUACUUAAGUCAAGUAAUAAGCAUCAGGCAUUGGAAGAGGUUUUAAAUUUGCUUUUUUGAGGAAAAGAACUGGGGGUAGAUUUUGGCAUCGUAGCAUAUCGAUUAAGGAAUAAUCAGGACAUCAGAUACAUUUUAAUACAUAGCUGGGGCCUUACGUUGUAGAUGAAGCUUGCUGUUUUUAGCAAGUUCCUGGGUUUCACAUUCAUUUCUGAUGCAUCUAGUAGCUCCAUACAUUUCAUAACCUGAUCUCUUUAUUUGUAUGCAAAAAAUACUGUCUUAAUACGGAGCAGCAUUUUUGUAACAAAGAGACUGGCUGGAGCUAUUUGGUGCUUGAAUGUGACCAUCCUUUUUACUUUUGCUAAGCCUUAUUUAAAUUUUGUAUACCGUGGAAUACGUAGAAUUUGUCAAAUCAUUUUAGUGCUGAAGGUUUUUGAUUUUUGUUUUUGUUGUUGCAGUUUCUUUGGUGGCUUGUUUUGUAUUGUAAGAUGGCACUUGCUGAUAUAAGUACUAAGGCACUAAGAGAAAAUACAGAUAAGUAUUUAUAAGAUGCUUGGGAACCAUAGCAGAAUUUUUUGUUUGGUUUUGCAAGAGAAAAAAAUUACCAAUAAAUAACUAAUUUACCACCCAAACUCUCUUGGGGAUGUCUUAGUAUCUUCAGACUAUAAAAUUGUUCAUCUAAGCACAGCAUCAUCUUACGGCCCUAUGGAUUGUAAAUCUUCUAGUGAGGCUGUAAACUCCACUCUGAAAACAAAGGCAUAACUUAACCGACUGCUCAGUUGUCCUUCAUUGUAAAAUGAAUUGGCAUUGGGAAAAAG